AUGUCUGAUCCUCCUGGCUAUACUACUGCAGCGCACGAUGGCGAGAAGGCUGUUGGUGUGGAUGAGGUAGAUUACAAGAAGGAUGUCACUAGACCAGGAGAUAUGAUAGAGACGGAUCCAGCUCUGGACCAACGCAUCACGAGGAAACUGGACCUUCAUAUCUUGCCUUGGAUCUUCAUCCUCUGGCUCCUGGCUUUUAUCGAUCGCUCGAACAUUGGCAACGCUAAACUCGAUGGCUUGGUCAAGGAUCUCAAACUCACGGGCGACAAGUACAACACUGCACUGGCGGUCUUCUACAUCCUCUAUGUACUCGUGGACAUACCGUCUAAUUGGCUGCUCAAAAUCGUAGGAGGCGGGCACUGGCUUUCCGCUAUCGCUAUUGCUUGGGGUAUCGUAGGUACGGCGAUGGGGGGCGUAAAGAGCUAUGGCGGACUGAUAGCUUGUCGUCUGCUGCUUGGAGCCUGCGAGGGCGGGAUGUUCGGUGGAAUCAUCCUUUAUUUGAGCAUGUUCUACAAGAGGCAUCAGCUCAUGUUCCGCCUGGGGAUCUUCUACUGCGCGGCACCGUUGAGUGGAGCUUUUGGUGGUCUUUUGGCGACGGGAUUGAGUAAGAUCAAUUAUCAUGGUUAUAAUGGCUGGCCCUGGAUCUUCUUCGUCGAGGGCGCAAUCACCAUCGUCGUGGCAAGCGUCGCGUUCUUCUUCCUCCCACAUACACCAUCCCAAUGCAAGUUCCUCUCCCACGAAGAACAAUGGCACGCCGCGCACCGCCUGCGUCUCGACCUCCACGGCGCCUCCUCAGCCGAGCAAGUCGAAGAAGAGCACUUCUCCUGGACCGCGGUCAAACUCUCCCUCUUCAACGUCAACACCAUCGCCAUGAGCCUGAACUUCUUCCUUAUCCUCAUCCCAAUCUACAGCUUCAGCCUCUUCCUCCCCAGCAUCAUCUCGGGAUUAGGCUACAAAGCUGUACACGCUCAACUCCUCACAGUACCACCGAACUUCCUCGCCUUCCUCAUGGUCAUCGGCGUCUCCUUCCUCAGCGACCGCAUCAAAAUGCGCGGCCCGCUCAUCCUCGCCGGCGCCAGCUUAGCAGCAAUAGGCUAUAUCCUGCAAAUCGCCUCGCACAAACCCGGCAUCAAAUACGCCGGGACCUUCUUCGUCGCAGCCGGAAUGUUCCCCUGCUCGCCCCUCGUGCUGGCCUGGCUGAGUAACAACCUAGCACCCCACUACAUCAAAGCCACGGGUCUGGGCUUUCAGGUCGCGAUCGGGAAUUGUGGUGCGUUCGUCGCCACGUUCACGUAUUUGAGCCAGGACGCGCCGGAUUAUACCAAGGGGCACGCGAUCAAUUUGGGCGCUAUUGGGUUGAUUUUGAUAUUCACGGCGGGGAAUAUGAUGUAUAUUAAGUGGGAGAAUGCGGCGAGGGCCAGUGGGAAGAGGGACCAUAGGUUGCGGGAAGGAGGUGGGGAGGAUGGGUUGGGGUAUCGGCAUCCCGAAUUUAGGUAUACCUCUUGA